GACGCACCAUAUCCAUAGGUACAGGUACAACUCAAACGAUGUUUCUCUGGUAUCCACACGAUAACGAUCCUUUAUUUUUUCCUGCAGUUUAUCUUUAUGCUCUACAUUUACCCCUAAUUGAAUCAACACGAGUAAGUAUAGAACUUUUUCGAGAUCACUACGUAUUUUCGCGCUUUGGCCGUUCCCUUACGCAACAUGAAGAUGACUUCGUCGAAUUUAGUGUUUUACCAACCAUUAAGUACCCCCAGUAAGUAUUUCAAUUUUUUGUACGACAGAAAAUAAAUACAGCAUUCCUGCACUUGUAUACCGAUGAGAACCGCCCAUACUGGGAAGAAAAAGAAAACCG